ACGGCUUCGACAGUGAAAAGUUCAGGUUGCUACGUUGUCAUUUAAACCUCAACUAAACUAAACAUUAUUAUCAUUAUUCACACACACAUUUAAAACAGUAGACACGUUUUGGGUGCUAUUUAUUUGCUCCCAGAUGGCUUUCUAUCAGUUUCGUUUAGCUGUGGCGCUUUGUGUUGCGGUUUUAUCGGCUGUUGUCGCCUUUGUGGUUCACAAUCAGGCGAUGCCGCCUCUGUUCCCCUCGGCCAUCGGUGUCUGCUCUCUGGCCGGGAUGGCGCUCAUCUGGAGGGACAUUAGCUCGAAGAUGAAAGGUGAAAGCAGGACCCUGAGCAGCCUCCUCACCCAGUACGUGGCGGUGAAGGGGGUCGGCUGGCUGGGCAGACGGCAGAGACGGAAACUUGAAGCCGACACGCUCAACGUGAAGCAAGUUCAAGAGGAGACUCUGCUGAAGCGCCUGCAGAAAAACCAGCACACAUGUUAUGGAAGACAGUAUGAUUUCAGCUCAAUAAAAGACAGUGAUGACUUUCGGGCACGUCACCCCAUCACCACAUACGAGGACUAUCGUGAGUUCAUCAAACGCAUCGCUGUGGGAGAGGAGAAGGUGAUCAUUGCAGAGAAGCCGCUGAUCCUGGCUUUGACCUCUGGGACGUCGGGGGCCAGCGCCAUGCUGCUCAGCACCAAGGACACCAACGCUGAGUUCUUUCUGCAGGGGGUGACUGUGGGUUUAGACGCCAUGCGGCAGGCAUUCCCCGCCACAGACAGCCUGCAGCGCACAACCAAGUUCUUCUACACGCCGACUUUUCGCCAAUCAGAGGCCGGCAUUCCCAUUGGGCCAAACUCCUCCACACCAGCUUCCUCCCGCCACAUGCUCAACCUCUACACCACCCCAGCACCCGCCUUCGAGGUUCCCAGUGAGAAGGACACUCUCUACCUGCAUCUCCUCUUUGCUCUAAAAGAUCCCAGUGUGGGAACACUAGAGUCCAACUUUGCCUCCACAGUCUUUUAUGCUUUCACUGCUUUACAGGAGCGCUGGCAGGAGCUUGUAGAGGACAUUGAGAGAGGGAAGGUCAGCAGCGCUCUGACUCUGGAGCCAAAGGUGAGGGCCAGGCUGGAGGCUCUGAUGAAGCCAGACCCAGAGAGGGCUGCUCAGCUCCAGGUCCACUUCCAGGACGGCUUCCAGGGGAUCGCAAAGCGCCUCUGGCCUCACCUCCACCUGGUGCUAGCAGUGGACUCAGGCUCCAAUGAGAUCUACGGGGAAAUGUUGAGGCAGAGCUACUGCAAAGGAAUACCUUUCUACUCACCAUUCUACGCUGCUACUGAAGGUCUCAUAGGGGUGAACCUGUGGCCUCAGGAGCCAAACAGACGCUACCUGCUGUGUCCUCGCUCCAUGUUUUGUGAGUUCCUGCCAGAGAGCAGCCUGGAGGAGGAGACGCCUCACACUCUGCUGAUGGAGGACGUGAAGGAGGGACUCAAUUAUGAGCUCGUUAUCACAAACGCUUCAGGGCUCUUCAGAUAUCGCGUCGGAGACAUCGUGAAAGUUGUCGGAUUCCACAACCAGUGUCCUAUUGUUGAGUUUCAGUACAGACGGGGACAGAUGUUGAAUGUGCGGGGGGAGAAAGUGUCUGAGGCGUUGUUCCUUGAUGCGUUGAAGAAAGCUGUUGCUCAGUGGCCCGGAGCUCAGUUGGUUGACUACUGCUGUGCAGAGAGCGGCAUCCUGGGUGAUAUGACAGGUGGCUCAGAUCCUCAUUAUCAGGUCUUUAUAGAGCUGAAAGGUGUGAGGAACCUCACCGAGGCACAACGAUACAAGUUGGACAUUUGCCUCCAGCAGGACUCAGCUGUCUACAAGUCCUUCCGUAUCAAAGGCAGCAUCGGACCAAUGAGGGUGCAGCUGGUGGCGGAGGGUGCUUUCAAGGAAGUUCGCAAGCAGAUGAUGGCCUUCUCAAACACGUCACCCAACACGUUCAAAAUGCACCGCGUGUUGCGCAGGAAGGAAUAUGCAGACUUCCUUUUGGGAAAAACGGUUUCCUGAAGUUGUGGAGAAUGUGGACUGUGGUGAGCAGCACUGACCGGAUAGAAUGGCUCCAGUUUUUAUAUCAACGACUCAUGAAUGAGUUGAUGAAUUGUGCCUUUGAGACUGACAAACACAAAAACAGAACAUCAUUCAUUAUUGGCAAAGAAAAAUAUUAAUUUAACUGAUUGUUUUGUUGUUUUUUGUAACAUAUUUAUAAGUUUAUUAAAGUGAACUGUUAAUCAGU